AUGAUUUUCUUAACACUUGUGACUGGUGGAGCAUCAGGUCUUGGCAAAGCAACGGUCACCCGAUUCGUUAUCAAAGGCUCAAAAGUGGUGUUUUGUGAUUUACCAACAUCAAAUGGUGCGAACGUAGCAAAAGAAUUGGGUCAAAAUGCACAUUACAUACCAGCCGAUGUAACUUCCGAAGAAGAUGUCCAGCGUGUGCUGUCGGAAAUUUCCAAAAAUUAUGGCAAACUAAAUGUACUAGUUAAUUGUGCCGGCCUAAUGAAUGCCUAUAUCACAUACAAUUUUAAUACAAAAAAGCCAAUACAUCAUGAGGAUUUUAUAAUAAUAUUGAAGGCAUGUAUGAAGACAAAUGUUGUUGGAACUUUUAAUGUGUCACGAUUGGCCGUUGGAUUAAUUGGUAAAAAUACGCCGGACAAUGAUGGAUUACGGGAUGUGAUUAUAAAUACUGCGGGCAUUGAAGCAUUUGAUGGAGUUCAAGGCCAAACUGCUACUGCAGCCGCAUCAGGGUCAAUCCACAGUUUAACAAAACCGAUGGCGACUGAUUUCGAAGACAUUGGCAUUCGUGAGGUGGCGAUUGCACCUGGCAUUAUUCAAACACCACUGAACGAUCAAAUUCCAAGAGACGAAUUCGCACAAUUAGUACAAACAAUUGUCGCUAAUCCAUACAUUAAUGCCACUACAAUUGAAUUAUCCGCUGGACUUAAUUUGCAAAUUUAA